ACGUUAUGAAUAUGUAUGUACAUCCACCUGCGAGAUUCAUUACUCUGUAUGAACUCGAGUCGUAUAGUCGGUAAGAUUAGCACUACAACUUUCAAUUUCCUUAAGGGGUUUCCCCGUAAAGUAACGAUCUUCGCACUCCAAGUGAUGCAAGUCAAGCAUCUCAUAAGCUCUUCAACCUUUGGACUGGCCAGUGACGUUUGUUUAUCAGUCUCUCAUGGCAAGUUAAUAAAUUAGAUGCGCCACGUAUUUUUCGGAUUCAGUCAGUGAUUCGACAACCUUCAAACAUCUUGGGAGGAAAAGACGCUGCCUAAUUUUGUACCAAAUUUUGGAGUGAAGUUCUGUGCGUCCAGAAUUUUGGGGAUUCAGUGAUUCGACGACCUUCAACCAUAUUGGGAAAAAGAGACGCGUGGCAACCUCUGCAAAAUUUUGUGUGCUAAGUUUUUUGUGCACAAUUUAGGCUGACGAAAUACUUGCAUAUGUGAAUAAGUGAAUAAGUGACUUUAUUUAUAUAAUUAAACCCGAAAAAAUGGCCCACGCGGAUAGUUUGACGUUUGUUCUUAUACUAGCAGUUAUCACAUUAGUGAACGGUGUCCCAUACUCAUUGUCGCAUCGUGAACAUCGAACCAGUUUCCAAGAUUUGUCGCAGGACGAAUUUGUCCAAGAUUUACGAUCUCUUCGAUCUGGUCAUGCUCCUAUUCAGAUCGAUGACAAGGGUCACUCUCGAAAAAAUGGGAAUAUUUUGUGGGGGCUCGAAAAUAAAUGGAGGCAGCUCCGAUGCAUUGUGCAAGCCAGUCCGGUGGCAGAAUUUCAGUGGAAAUUUCGUGGCUUGAGUAUAGACCCGGAUGCGGCGGAUAGGAAUAUCCUGGUCAUUUCUACGCAGGAUAAUUUCUCAAUUUUAAAGGUGAAAGUGAAGGAGGCCACGCUGGGAGAGUACACAUGUCGAGCAUCCAACGAACUGGGGGCUUCUGAGCGAAACUUUUUCCUCAGUCGUGCCUCGAAACCACCGACGCCUGAUUUUGACACGAUCGUGGUUCCCAACUCGGGAAUUUUAGUAUCUGUCACCGGAUUCCAUAAUCGUCACAGGAAAAAUUUACAUAUUAUUCAAACUCGAGGAUUUGUCGAUAAGGACGAACUCGGUGAAAUUCUGCCCAUCAAAGGGUACGCGUUGCAAUUUAGAAAAAUGGCAAGCUGCGAUCCAUGGACAAAUAUUACGUUUCACUCCGAAAAAAAAUUUUUGCGACAUCACUUGGUUCCCGGGACACUUUAUAGGAUGCGCUUAGCUGCCCGGACGGAAGGAGGAAUUGGCGAGUUCUCGGCGGCACGAACGGUGAAUUACAGACUUCCGGAUGAUAAAGAGUCGGACGAUGCUGAUGAAGAAACUGGAACUGAAGAUCCUGCAGUUGAUUUGUCGUCGAUAAGCGAUUCCAGAAGGUCAUCCGAAUAUUCGGAUGAAUCGAGUCGAAGCGUAGAAAAUAAUGAUCCCACUUCUUCCACGGAUAGCUGACAAAGUCACUUAAUUUAAUUUAGGUGAUAAAUCUCAGUAUUAUAUUGACUAAAUAAUUAAUUAAUUAGUUAAGUAAAUAAUUUAUUUAUACCAAAGAUGUAUUUUGAACAUGGCAGCUCCUAAUUUGUAGGCAUAAUUUUUAAAAAUCAGCGAUAAAUUUAAUAUAUGUACAUUUUCUUGACUGGGAAAAUAAUAAACCAAGUGAGAAAAAUUUA